CGGCGGUUAAUGACACGGAGAUGACCAGGCAAAAUGUUGAAACUGUAAACGAGUUAUACCCCCCACUUCUUCUGAAAUCUUCGUCCAUGUCGAUAAAAUUCCUUGAUCGAUCUCAUCUUCUCUCAUCGCCGUCCAAAUCCAGGUGAUUUCAGUAGUGAGCUGAGCGAGUGAGGAGGUUUCAGAAGUAAAAAAUGGCUAAGGAAUCAGAUCAAAGAACAGUAUCGGUGUAUUUUUACAUCCCAAACAUAAUUGGAUAUAUAAGAGUAGUAAUGAAUAUCGUUGCAUUUUCUAUUUGCUUUUCCAACAAAUUGCUCUUUGCCAUUUUAUACUUCAUCAGCUUUGCUUGCGAUGCAUUGGAUGGUUGGUUCGCACGGAAGUUUAACCAAGUGUCAACUUUUGGAGCAGUCUUGGAUAUGAUAACAGACAGAGUUAGCACUGCUUGUUUGUUGAUGAUCCUUUCUCAACUUUACAGACCUGGCUUGGUUUUCAUGUCAUUGCUGGGAUUGGAUAUUGCUAGUCAUUGGUUGCAAAUGUACAGUACAUUCUUAUCAGGCCAGGCUAGUCAUAAAGAUGUUAAGGACAAAAGUAAUUUGCUUUUGAGAGCAUAUUAUAAGCAUCGUCCUUUCAUGGCCUUCUGUUGUGUGGGCUCUGAGGUUCUUUACAUCAUCCUCUUCCUUCUUCAUGAGCACCCAUCUGGGAGCAUUAUUGACGUUUGUGUGAAUGCUGUGAGAUCCAAUAUUGUUUUAGCCGUGCCACUGUUUUUGUCUGCCUUUGGAUGUGCAAUCAAGCAAGCAGUUAAUGUUAUACAGAUGAUGACAGCAGCAGAUGUAUGUGUACUUUAUGAUAUGGAAAGAGAGAAGAAACAAUGAACCACCAACUUGAUACAGUACUCUGUUUCCAUUUUUGACAUGUAUUUGGAAAACUUUGGUUGUCCAUCAAGAUAACAUCUGCAGGCUUAGUAAUCUCGGUUUCACAUGACCCUUUUUGGAGAGUGCAUCUGCAGCUGAUGAUCCAUUUGGCGCAAUACUGCAACAUUCUUUUGAUACAAAGAGAUCACCGUGAUUAGCUUCACCAGAUCUACACUUUGAUGCUUUUCGGUUUUGCAUGUAAUUAAUAUUAACAAUAGAUUAUGUUAUUUGUUCACUGCUAUAAAGGUUCCUAGCAAAAACAUUGACAUGAUUCUCACCAUGUAGCAUCUCUGGCAGAGAGACUGCUUGUUUGUAUGUCAUUGGCAAAGAGAAGAGAGACUUAAUGAGACAUAAGAGAAGUAAAUUUUCGGUUAGCGUUCAAUGAACGACUUAUUCUUGCUCCGGAAAGUAGAAUACAACUUGACUCAGAUACAUGAUAUGUCGAAACUCCAUUUGAUGGUUCAUUCCUACUGUUCUAUUACCGGUCUUAAUUCUAUUCUGACAAUAUUAAUA